AUGGCAAUCCUCUCCGUUGUUAUGAUAGCACUCGCUUUUUACAGAGCUGCAGCUCAGCAGCAGGAAUGUGCAGAUCCAAAUGCAAACCCGACAUCCAACCCUUGCAUUAUGGGCGCAUGUCCUACCGGGCAGACCUGCAUACAGUCACCGAAAGGAGAAAUGUGCUGUGAUUCUACAAAAGUAACCAGUGUGACGGCUGCUCCUACAUCCACAUGCCGAGAUUUCGUUCAUCCAGUAACGGGUGUUUCGGACUGCCCACAAAGGGCACAUCUUUGCGAAAAUGCCGCGUACAGGCAGGUUAUGGCGGAGCAAUGUCCACGAACUUGCAAUAAGUGUCCAGGUACUUCCACGGGAGGAUCAACAAAUUGCCGAGACUUCGUCCAUCCAAAAACUGGGGUGUCAGACUGUCCACGAAAUCGUGCGCUAUGCACUAGUGCGUUUUAUGCACAGUUAAUGAGAGAACAGUGUCCAAAAACAUGUGGCUACUGCGUAUAA